AUGUCAGAUGUGGUUGUCGAGAAAGGUGCCAACGGAAGGAACAGCGGCUCCUCACCUACUUCAGGUUCAACGAAUGAGCCAGAUGAACCCCACAGGCCCAUAAAUGCGAAGAGCUGGAGUUUGGGGAUGAAAAUUUAUCAUACUGCUAUUCCUUGCUUCUUGGCCUUUUUGAUCACGUUUUCCGCAUCCGUCACAGUUCCUGCCACUUCUGCAUUCAUGGCCGAGUUCAACAUCAAUCGUACCGCAGCCCUCCUCCCAGGAACCCUAUACAUGCUGGGUUUGGCAUUCGGCCCCCUCAUUAUGGCGCCCCUCUCAGAGUUUGUUGGUCGUCGUUGGCUGUACAUGGUAACCUCAUCGAGCAUCAUUGCGUUUGCAGGAGGUUGUGGAGCCGCACAAAAUUUUGCCACACUUUUAAUCUGCCGGUUUCUCUGUGCAUUUUUGGGAUCAGCUGGAGUUGCUAUCGGUGCGGGAACAAUCCUCGAUGUUUGGGGUACGGAAAAAGCUGGAGCGUUGGCAAGGCUUCUCUUCAUCUGCGGUCCUUUCUUGGGGCCGUCACUGGCCCCACUGACAGGAGCAUAUGUUAUGCACGAGUACCACGGUGAUUGGAGAUGGACUCAGUGGGUGGUAGCCUUGAUCGGCUCGCCCAUCUGGAUUUUAGUCCUCUUCAUGAAAGAGACUUCUGACUCUCGGGUCCAACACAGUGCUAAACACUCAGGCCGUUUCCGCCUGGUGCAAUUGGCCUUGUCGACACUCAGGGCGGCAGUGCUCCGUUCAAUGACCAUGCUUACCACGGAGGCUAUUGCAUUCUCAAUAACUCUAUACACUGGAUAUGCAUAUGCAGUGGUUUUCAGCUUUUUUGCGAGUGCCACUUAUGUCUAUGAACUAGACUAUGGUUUCAACACUCGACAGAUUGGCCUGUCUUUCAUCAGCGUGGUCGUCGGUUAUGGUCUGGCUGCUGUCAUGCACAUCAUAGUUGACAAGACGCUUUAUGCUCGAGCUGUGCGGCAAGCAUCAGGUGGCCGUCCAGCACCGGAGCACCGACUGUACGCCGCUAUGAUUGGAAGCAUCUUCUUGCCCAUUGGACUCUUCUGGUUCGUUUGA